AUUCAUCAUAUUAUUCAAUCAUGCUGCAAUAACCUUAACCCUGUGGUUCUUGGGACCUCUCCUGCAGAUGAAACAACAUAUGGCUGCUUAACUCUGACAGACCAGCUUUCAAUUCCUUGGGAGUGAUUCCUGUGGACAAUGCUGAGUUGUCCUGGUUUACAGACGGCUCACAUUUAAAGAAUGAGUCUGGCAAGUAUUGUGCAGGCUGUGCAGUCAUGACUUCCUUUGAGAUUGUGAAAGCAGCUCAUUUACUAUUAACUACUUCAGCCCAGCAGGCAGAUCUGUUCGCCCUUACUUGAGCCUGACUCUUUGCUACAGGAAAGACUAUGUUUAUGUAAGCAGCAGGGGUUUCAACUUUUGCGUCUUCCUCAUUUUCUCUUGACACCACCAUGUAAGAAGUGCCUUUCACCUCCCAUCAUGAUUCUGAGGCCUCCCCAGUCAUGGGGAACUGUGAACACUUGGCAGGACAACAGGCAGACAAGGAGCAGCCUGGGCUACACCCUCCUCCAUCCAGCUUGGCAGGGAAGGUUGGGGCAGGGGCUGGCUAGGAGAUAGGGGCUGGAGGGCCAGGCCAGGGGCAGGGUUAGGCAUGGGGACAGCACCACGGUGGGGCCUUCCUGGCUAACUGUCCACUACCAGGUACUGGGACCCCCAGUUAUUUUAUUGCCUCACCAUGAAAAGAAGUGAAAGCAUUCCCUAAACAUAGUUUCAUCAUUGUCUGUAUCUCUCUCCCACCACAUUUCUUCUUUUCUAUUGCUCUUUCUCUCACAAAAGCAGGGGAUAUAUAUCAAACUUGCUAAGUGGUUCUAUUGAAGCUUCUUCCAUUAAGCUUGAGAUAAGGAGAAAAACACCCCUCUCCCUGUUAGGAGGAUUUGGGGUUCACUAUGCAGCUUUCUCCGAAAGAAGACUCUUUACAGGACACUCUCUUACCUCCAGCUCUCAGCUCUUUUUAGAUCCACAUUAGAUUGAGAGGCUCAAGUGUUACGAUAUUGAUUAUUAUUAUUGAGUAUUUCCUAUCAAUAUCUUCAUUUUGUGUGUCACGAUUCACUUUAAUAUCUGUUGUCUCCCAGGUCUUGGUGCCUCAGUUGAAACUUCCAAUUUAACAUCCUGACACAUACUACUCCCUCUUCCUGUGAUCAUCAGAACAAGAUAAAACCUUGUGUGUCUGGAUAGUUCUCAUCUGAUAAGAUUCAGGGCUUCAGCUUCCUGGAUAUCUGGUGCCUGGGCGAAAGAAGAGCCAUAUCUUCACAAAAGUGGAAAAUUCCUAAGAAAUAGAGACUCAUGCUGCUAAUCAUCAUGUCUUAUUGCCUCCAGCAGACCAUUGAUGGAAAAGACGUCUGGAUGUGCACCUGUCAUUAAAGAGUCUUAGAACGGGAACAGUGAGAAAAGUCAUGAGCUCAACCCUGAAUGGAGAAGAGGCACAUUCUUUGUUUUUCACCAGCCACAAGGCUACAGCAAGAGUAUCUCCCUUUACCUGCCUGGUUGGGAACCCAGGGGACUGGUGCCGGAAGUCUGUGGAGUAUCCAGGAUCUGGAAUUCCAGUUCAGCAGAGCAAAAUGUUCAAGAUACCAGAAGCAUAAAUGCCUCCAAGACAGUCAUCAGGAAGUUUGCAGAGAGAAGACUAUCAGCAUGAAGAGGGAGAAUCAGAGCAGCGUGUCUGAGUUCCUCCUACUGGGCCUCCCCAUCUGGCCAGAACAGCAGGCCGUGUUCUUCACCCUGUUCCUGGGCAUGUACCUGAUCACGGUGCUGGGGAACCUGCUCAUCAUCCUGCUCAUCCGGCUGGACUCUUACCUUCACACCCCCAUGUUCUUCUUCUUCAGCCACUUGGCUCUUACUGACAUCUCCCUUUCAUCUGUCACUGUCCCAAAGAUGUUAUUAAGCAUGCAAACUCAGGAUCAAUCCAUUCCUUAUGCAGGGUGUGUAACUCAGAUGUAUUUUUUCAUAUUUUUCACUGAUCUAGACAAUUUCCUUCUCACUUCAAUGGCAUACGAUCGGUAUGUGGCCAUCUGUCACCCCCUCCGCUACACCACUAUCAUGAAAGAGGGACUGUGUAACUUACUAGUCGCUGUGUCCUGGAUCCUCUCCUGUACCAAUGCCCUGUCUCACACUCUCUUCCUGGCCCAGCUGUCCUUUUGUGCUGACAACACCAUCCCCCAUUUCUUCUGUGACCUUGUUGCCCUACUCAAGCUCUCAUGCUCAGACAUCUCCCUCAAUGAGCUGGUCAUUUUCACAGUGGGACAGGCAGUCAUCACUCUACCACUGAUAUGCAUCUUGAUCUCUUAUGGCCACAUUGGGGUCACCAUCCUGAAGGCUCCAUCUACCAAGGGCAUCGUCAAAGCUUUGUCCACCUGUGGCUCUCACCUCUCUGUGGUGUCUCUGUAUUAUGGCACAAUUAUUGGACUGUAUUUUCUCCCCUCAUCCAGUGCCUCCAGUGACAAGGACAUAAUUGCCUCUGUGAUGUACACAGUGAUCACCCCAUUGCUGAAUCCCUUCAUUUAUAGCCUAAGGAAUAGGGACAUAAAGGGAGCCCUGAAGAGACUCUUCAACAGGGCAAUAGUCUUACCUCAAUGACAUUUACUCUUCUUUAUAACAGACAUAUGUAUUGACCUAUUUCAAGAUGAUAGAUCCUUAAUCCUGAUCCCAGCAAGGGAUAAGUGCUCAGUAACUCUCUGAUGACUUGAAUUGAAUUCUGUUACAGUUAUUUUCCCUUUUCCUCUUUAGUGCAAAUUGUGAAUUCUGAGUUUAUAUAAUUGGUUAUUUAUCUUGCCUAUUAGAUUCAGAAAUUACAUAGUUAACAGAACUUAAAUCUUUCCUUUUAUUUCCUGGAAAUUUAUUUGUUCUUAGGAAUUGUUUAAAUAUGUUGACUAACAGAUUCCCUUGCCAUAGAAAAGUUGAAGGAUUGGGUACUUGUAAAGGCAUUUUCCUUUCUUUCUUCCUAUUCAGUUCUCUUCUCACAUUUUUUAUUGUUGUUGCUCAUGGUGGUGGGUAAGGAGAAGAAACUAUAUAGUACCCUUUACAGAUCCAAAAAACUAUUCACUGUCAUAAGUUCAGCUGUUCCACUUCAGAACUUGAGGUUCCUCUUCUAGACUACAAUAACUUUCAUUCAACAGUUCACUUUUAGACCAGAAGUCUAUGAAGCUUUCUGACUACACAUGUGAGUUUCAAUCAUGCCGCAGACUCACUCCAGGUAACGAAUGAGAAGAACAAAAAAGUCUUCACAGUCAGGAGCCUUCUGUUGCCCUUACUAAAUUUGAUCCCUUUCCCAUUCAGUCUCUUCGUUGUCUGUCUUAUUGAAAAGCAUUUCUACUCAGCUUAAUGGCCCCUGGUUUGUAUUAUUUGCCCAAGUCAUCUUCUAUCAUUUUCUUCUAUCUUCUAUGGUCUUUGCCAUCCAGUGAAGGGCAUAUAGGUCUCUUUUUUCAUUCCUCUACUUAAAGAUAAACAGAACUACAAAUGCUUCUGAGAAUCAGCAACAUGUAGCUGCAAAAGAAGAAUAUUUGGAAAGAUAGAUCUCAUUUGUAAUCUCUAUAUACCAGGGUGGUGGCUGCGUGGCCUCAGACAAUUCACCUAAUUCCUUUGAACCUCAAUUUCUUCUUCUGUAAAGGUGAAAAAAUUUCUGCAACACCUAACAUAUUUUUUAUUUGAAGUAAAUGCAAUGAUAAAUUGGGCUUAACAC